AUGCAGGCAUGCAUACACACACACACACGCACACACACGCACAGAGAAAAAAGCCCACAGGUAGCACAGGACGUCCAGCAGAGCCUCCAGACGGAUGGGCCCCGGCUCCGGCCGGCCGGAUCGAGCACCCCUUUGGGGAUCCACGUCUGCCAGACCCUCGAUGACAUCUACAGGUGCUUCCAGACGCCGGAAGAGGCCAACGGCGACGAGCUCCUGAAGGCUUGCUGUCAGGAAGCACGGCAGCCCGUGGCCGACGAGCACCUGAAGCAGAGCGUUUUCGGGCUCCUGACACCCGAGGAGAUCAAGGAUUUUCUCUUGGCGCCGGACCACCGAAUGUGGAUGGAGAUCCGGAGAGAGACCGAACACUUCUUACAGCUGCUCGAUGAGCCGGGCACACGGGUACCGUGGAAAGUGAGGGACAUUACCCCCGCGUCCAAAAGCGAGCUCUUGCGCAAGCUUCGCCCUGUGGUUAUGGACCAGACCGUUCGGGAGCCUGCCACAAACACUCCUUUCGGACACACCGGCUACAUGAAGUUCCUGACCCUCGAGAUCAUCCGGCGCAUGGGCUUCAAGGAUGUCGCUAUCACAGGACAAUAUUACGGGUCUUCCUACACUCCCGAGACUCAGAUUCUGGAGUGGAUGAGAUACAAGGGAGUGCCCAUGGAUGGCAUGGCGGCAAUGUUUGGACCAGGGGAGCGAACAGCUGGCAUCAAGGCCAUCCGGGAAUUUGGCAUUCCCAAUGCGUUCUUGGACCUGACCCUGAAGGCGAGCAUUCGCUUCAGGGAUGCCAACUUCGUCACCUCCGUCCUGGAAGCCGUUGAGGAGUUGGAUUCCAUCUUCACAAAGAUGGGUUUGCCACGGGAUCCCUGGCGGAGCGAUGCGGUUGUGAAGCGUCCGCCGGCCAGCGGCGAGAUCUCCGUGAACCUCGUGGACCUUAUGGAGUUUCUGGAUCUGCAGCCGGGCGAGACCCUGGAGGAGGGCGAGAAGAAGCCGCAGCAGCUUCAGGCUGAGGAGGCCUUCGCCAGGUGGAAGAAGUCAGACGCCUUUCGUAGGCGGGUCGUGGCGAUUCUGACAGAGGAAGGCAGAGGAUGUGCCAGUCACAAAGACUACGGGGUGGUCACAAGGUGGUUGCGAAAGCAUUUCCCCGAAGAGGAGAAGUACCGAAUCCUCAUUCACGCCCACGCGGGGGACGGCAACACCCAGGAUGCCGCAGGGAUUGAGUCGGCAUUGAACGGUGGCAACGGCGUGUGGUCAGCUGUCAUACCUCAGGCGGCCCAGGGGGGGCACAACUCCAGCCUCGUUUUCCUCGACAACAUGCUCCAGAUGGGCAACGAGAAUGUGCUACAGGAUUUCUGGUUAUUCCAGGCAUCUCAAUGCGCGCGUCACAUCUAUUACCUCAACUUCAACACCUACGACAUCCCGGGUGAUUGCCCGAUUUGGGGCGAUCGAGUCAACAAGCUCACCCACACCGCAUUUUGUAAAGUCAAGGGUGAGGACUGGCGCCAACGGCGCGGCAACUACUACAACGUAUGGGGCGAACGAGAAGCCCUGGACUUGAAGGAUGUGGCGAAGAACUCCAAGCACCGGCGCGACGUGAACGAGCUCCGCUCCAAAGAGAAGGAAACAGAGGGCCAAUACCGGAUCUCACCUUUGGUCUCCGACCUCGACACCUGGACUAUGCGCAUUUCUGAGACGCGCAUCCUUGGUCCGCGGGAAAUCUCCGGCGAAAUCUCCGAGGAAGUGCGCGCUCUAGGCUUCACGUUGAUGAAUGCAGGCCUUCGCGUGAACCUAGAUGCAGAAGAAACGCUUGGUCGUUUGGUCAGGAUUGCGAAGCGCAUUCUGGAGGAGAGAGCGAGGCUUGGGUUGUUCCAAAAUCUCAUAUUAUAUGAGACAUGGUCAGCACUCUUUUUUAAGGGGGUUACAUGGGGGUUGUGUAGGAUCUCGAACACCGGGCUCUGA